AUGUCCGAGAGGUGUGACCAUCUUCAUUCCAAGAACGUUGAGCUGGAGCACGACUACAGCAUCCUAAAGCGUAACUGGGAAAGGAACCAAGCCCAGGGCUCCCAACGCAGCCUUACCCAGGAACCUGAGCGCACACAGCCAAACCAGCCGGAGCAUUCCCACCAUAGUCCCCCAAUCCAGCCUAGGCCCAGCAAGGGUAAAGGCCCCCUCCAUCCGGAGACGACCAAGUCACGGCUUCUCCGUAUCUCCCCACCGAGGAACCGACCUCAUGAACCAACGAAGGUCUACAGGGAUUGUAGGGACUGUAUCCUGGACCGUCAUACGGGACCCCUUCUUAUCCCCGUUAAUCUCCAAGACCUAAAGGUGACACACCUAGGCCCCCCACCAAGGCCAACCCAUGUGCCUGCGAGAGAGGGUAUGGGGGACUCGGAUAACUGGGGGCAUGAUUACUCAGAAGAGCACGAGUCUUAUCACACCGAGGAGUUCGGUGGACCUGACCCUUAUCUAGCCCCUGGCCACCCACACACCAGACCUCCAGCACCCGAGACUCUCCCUCAUGCCGACCCGGCAAUGAGACUUCUCUUUGAGAAGGUCCGGCGCUUGGAGAAUGAGCAGCAACGCAACCACCAACCCCUCUGGGCGAAGCCACGACCUGGGCCCUUUACCGAACGCAUCCUUAAUUACCACCAGGAGAAGGAAAUUCAACCCCUCCGCCUCGCCUUUACACUGGCACAGAGGAUCCCCUCACCCGCAUACAUUCUUUCCAGUCUGCCCUGGGGUGCAAAGGCUUAA